AUGGUACGCGUAUUGACCCCCCAGGAGUUAAGUACUACCACUCCCACCGACGCCACAGUCCGCCACACAGAGAGAAAGCGCCGACUCAAACGACGAGGCCCAAGGACUGCCCCAGUCCGUUCUGUGAAAACAUCGGCUGAACUUCUUGACCUUCUCACAGCCGCAAGCAACAAAGCCGACGACACCGACUACUGUGACAUCGUCCUCGCCAUACCCCGUCCACUCCACGACGAAGAAGAGACCCCGGACUGGGUGAUCUUCCUCACAGACCUCCCUACUGCCAGAGCCGACCCAGCGAAAUCCAAGGCGAGGUCAUACACGACCAUCGCAUUUCCACGCAGGUAUUGGGACCAGAGGACCUUUGAAUAUCGUGAUGCGAGCUUCACGUACAAUCUGAUAAUCGACGACAAAGGCUGCAUUUUCGACGAAGCGUUUUUCGAAGAGUACAUCCCACUCGGCAAACUCCCCAAGGACCGCAUCGGCCUCUUCGAACUGACGUUCCUCAUCACCCCCAAGGGCCCAAACAACUUCUUCAUCGCAAGGUGGUUUGCCAUCCUCUGGGAGGACCACGGCCUCACGUCGGAACUGGCCGUCGAGGUCCUGACGUACAUGGCCGACUAUACGGACCGAGAGUGGGAAGCCAACGACAAAAAUUAUAAUGAGUGGGACGAUAUGCAUCUGCAGAAAUAUGGAGAAGACCACGAGCGCCUACCCCAGUACCAGAGACAGGGGCCGAUGGAAGAGAUCGACGUCGAAGCCAUAUUGGAAGAAGAGGCUCGGCUUCCGGGUAUAUGGUACCCUCCAACAAGGAGGUAG